CCUUGAUCUUCCACACGCUAGCCAGAGUUGAUCUCACAUACUACUCCUUCAUCCGUUUCCUCUUCAACAGCAACAAUUAUCAAUUAUUUCUCUAUGGCUCCCGUUGCUGUCACACAAAGUUUACCAGACCUGGUUGGGCAGACUGUCGACGAAGGAAGAUUGCGUCUCGUUGCUCGCCUUGGAUCUGGAGCCUAUGGGAUCGUAUACAAGGCUCUCUUGCUCUCAUCGCCCAAAGAAGAACCUGUCUACUACGCUGUCAAGUGUCUCAAGAAGUUUGCUGCGGGAUCUAGGGAGGCUGAGUUUCAGAUUCGCGAGUUGAAACUGCAUCGGAUGAUGUCAAGCCAUCCCAACAUCAUCACAAUGCACCGAUACUUCAUCGACCCUGAUCACAUCUUCGUUGUCCUCGACUUCUGCCCUGGAGGAGAUCUGUUCGUCGCAAUCACAGAGAAGCACCUUUUCCGUCGGGACACAGCGCUCGUGAAGAAAGCGUUUUGUCAGAUCUUGGAUGCUGUACAAUUCUGUCACGAUAACAACGUCUUUCAUCGCGAUCUCAAGCCGGAGAAUAUCUUAUGUGACAGUCAAGGGACGCAGAUGUUCUUGGGUGAUUUCGGUCUCUCGACGCAAAGUUCAAUGUGCACAGACAUCGGACUUGGUAGUCCCUUCUACAUGAGUCCCGAGGCGAUCGACCUAGGUUUCAACGAAGCUUAUUCCUGCCGGCAGUCGGAUAUCUGGGCACUGGGUGUCAUCCUUACCAACAUGAUCUCUGGACGCAAUCCGUGGAAAGCUGCUGAAGUCGGCGAUGAAUGCUAUCUCACAUUCCUGGAGAACAACGACUUUCUUCUCCAGUCUCUGCCGAUCUCUCGUGGUGUCAACGAAAUUCUCAAGAACUGCUUCCGUCGUGAACCUCGGGCUCGGCCGUCCAUCAAGAAACUGAGGGAGGAUGUCCUCAAGCUCGACUCAUUCUUUCUAUCCGAAGCUGAAUUGGUCCACGCAUCUUCAGCCCAACGCGCGAUUGCCGAGUUCUACGCCGAUCCCACUCACCCAGAGUCGCCAGAAGGCACUCUGUGUGAGUCUCCUGUUUCCGAUGUGCGAUCUGUCGAGGUAUAUCUCUACGACACCCCUCCCUUCGAUGGUUUGCUGGCCCCUCCUCGGCCGGUUUCUGUGACCUCGAGCGAUGUUUCGGACGACAGUACUGGCCCUGCUACCCCUGCUCAUGGACCUACUGAACCCACCGUGGAUGUUGUCGUCCCUGAUCUGCCGGAGGACGAGAAUGUUGGCAGCUCUGCUCUGUUUCUCAUCGAUGACGUGGCAAAGAUCAAUCUGGGUGAAGCGAAGCCGACACGCAGUUUAUUCAAACGAGCCAUGCAGCGCUUUCGUGUCAAGGCCACGGUUGCCAGUUGAGUAGCUUUUGUACUUCUAUCGUUUGUGUAUUACGUGCCUGGGUGUUGGUUUUAUCAAGGGACUUUGAAGACUGAAAAUGGCGUGAGAUUGACGCGCUUAUUUAUUCGAAUGAGACGAUCGAUUCGCUAAGUAGCAGGCCCUGGCUAAUCUUUGGCAAUCGGGCACGUGCGUGUAGCCGUGUAUAAAGGUGAUUUUAUUUUCCAUCGUACCAUCAUUCUUCUCUUCUCCUUCUCCAUCCUCCGUCCUUUCUUUCAGCAUGGUUGCCUCCAGUGUUCUCGGUUUCCCCAGAAUCGGUGCCAACCGUGAAAUCAAAAAGGCAGUCGAGGCCUACUGGGCUGGCAAAAUCUCUGCCGAUGAGCUCACUAAGACCGCUGCCGACGUGAAGAAGACCACCUGGACCAGCCUCAAGGAGCGUGGUGUCGAUUUCAUCCCCAGCGGUGAAUUCUCUCUCUACGACCACGUUCUUGACCACUCGGCUGCGUUCAACGUUAUCCCCAAGCGUUAUACCGGCCUUGGUCUCUCUCCCCUCGAUGUCUACUUCGCCAUGGGCCGUGGACGUCAGGCUGAUGGUGUUGAUGUCCCCGCGUCGGAGAUGAAGAAGUGGUUUGACUCCAACUACCACUUUGUCGUCCCUGAGGUUUCCGAGGAGACUGAGUUCAAGCUCAACUUCAACAAGGCUGUUGAAGAGUUCAAGGAGGCCCAGGCUGCCGGUGUCACUACCCGCCCCGUCGUCCUCGGUCCCAUCUCCUUCCUUGUGCUGAGCAAGGCUGCCAAGGAGGCCGCUGCUGGCUUCCAGCCCAUCUCUGUUCUCUCCAAACUCCUUCCCAUCUACAUCACCCUCUUGACUGAGCUCAAGGCUGCUGGCGCCGAGUGGGUUCAGAUUGAUGAGCCUGUCCUGGUUCUCGACACCGCUGCUGCUCUUGAGAAGGAGUACCUCGAGACCUACAAGGCUCUUGCCGAGGUCGCGCCCAAGAUCGUUCUCACGACCUACUUCGCUCGCCUCGAGUCGAACAUCAACUUCAUCGUGAAGCUCCCCGUCGCUGGUCUCCACAUCGAUCUCGACCGUGCUCCUGCUCAGCUCGAGGAGGUCGUCGCUGCCGUCAAGCCCACCAACAUCAUUCUCUCCCUCGGCGUUGUUUCUGGCCGUAACAUCUGGAAGACCGACUUCGCUGUUGCCAUCAAGGCUGGCCAGACUGCUAUCGAUGCUCUCGGCGCUGACCGCGUCAUCGUCGCGACCUCUUCCUCAUUGCUGCACACUCCGGUGACCCUCGCUUCUGAGAAGAAGCUCACUGCUGAGCAGAAGGACUGGUUUCGUUCGCCCUCGAGAAGGCUUCCGAGGUCUCCACCAUUGCUGCUGCCCUGUCCGGCUCCCAGGAUGCUGCUGUUGCCCAGGCUCUUGAGGCGAACAAGGUGUCCAUUGCCAAGCGUCGGGAGUUCGAGAGCACCUCGGACGACACCGUUCGCAAGCGGGUUGCCGCUAUCACCCCCGAGCAGCUUGAGCGCAAGAGCCCCUUCGCUGUCCGCCAGGAGAUCCAGGCCAAGCACCUCAACCUGCCCAAGUUCCCGACGACCACCAUUGGCUCUUUCCCUCAAACCAAGGAGAUUCGCCAGGCUCGUGCCAAGUUGGGCAAGGGCGAGCUCACGACCGAGCAGUACGAUGAGUUCAUCAAGAAGGAGAUCGAGACUGUUGUUCGCUUCCAGGAGAAGAUCGGUCUGGAUCUGCUCGUCCACGGUGAACCCGAGCGUAACGACAUGGUCCAGUACUUCGGCGAACAGCUCACUGGCUUCGUAUUUACCCAGAACGCCUGGGUGCAGAGCUACGGUUCUCGCUACGUGCGCCCUCCCAUCAUCGUCUCUGAUGUCAGCCGCCCUGGUCCGAUGACUGUCCGCUGGAGUGCGUACGCGCAGAGCCUGACCAAGAGCCCGAUGAAGGGUAUGUUGACUGGGCCUGUGACGAUCCUGAACUGGUCGUUCCCGCGUGCUGACGUGAGCCGUGAGCUGCAGUCGAAGCAGCUUGCGCUCGCUCUGCGAGACGAGGUUGUCGACCUUGAGAAGGCGGGGAUCAGCGCGAUCCAGGUGGAUGAGCCUGCCAUCCGUGAGGGUCUUCCCCUUCGCCGGUCUGACUGGGAUGCAUACCUGAAGUGGGCUGUGGACUCGUUCAAGCUGUCGACUGCCGGCGUGACGGACCAGCUGCAGACCCACUCUCACUUCUGCUACUCUGACUUUGACGACAUCUUCCCGUCGAUCCAGCGCCUGGAUGCCGAUGUGAUCUCGAUCGAGGCCUCGAAGAGCGACAUGAAGCUGUUGACGACGUUCAAGCACUACGGAUACUCGAACCAGAUCGGUCCGGGUGUGUACGACAUCCACUCUCCGCGAGUUCCCGGAGAGCAGGAGAUCAAGGACCGGCUGAAGGACAUGCUGACGAUCCUGCCUGACGGCCUGUUGUUUGUGAACCCUGACUGUGGGCUCAAGACUCGUGGCUGGAAGGAGACUGAGGCGUCGCUCGUCAACCUCGUCAGCGGCGCUCAGUGGGCUCGCCAGAACUACGCCUAAUUGACCCUUUUUGCUUUCGCUUCAACAGCGUCACGCGUCGUGUGUUGAUUCUGGUGUGGUUGCUUGUGUUUUGUUUUCUCCUGUAUAAUGCAUCAUGUAGCGUAAAGAUUCUCAACAAUCAAUGUAUACUAUCC